AUAAAUCUAAAUUUAAAAAAUUUAGUUGACUUUUCCCAGUCGACCUGGCAUUUGGAUUUAUCACUACCGUCAAGAUGGCGGAACACACUGUGAUGUUAGAGCUGGAACAAGCAUCCCAUUUAUUUAUGGCACCCCCAGAUUUAAUAACGAGAGAACAGAGACAAGCAGCACAAGAUGUUAUCCUUAAUUUUCGCAAAACUCGAAUGCCAUAUGGCUUGUGUCAGUAUAUUUUAGAAAAUAGCAAAAAUGACUACACAUUAUUCCAGGCAGCCACAACAAUAAAGGAAGCCAUUGUCAGAGAUUGGACAUUGAUGGGUCCUGAUGCUGUGGAAUCACUCAGAUCAUUUCUACUAAGAUACAUCACAAACCAUAUUACUCUACAGAGUUAUGUUAGAGAGCAGAUUCUGCAGACAGUUGCAGUGAUACUAAAAAGAGCUACGUUAGAUAAGAAGGGAAAGAGCUGUGAUGGUUUAUUUGAGGAUGUAACUGCACUGAUAAGCAGCGGUAACAUUACAAUGCAAUUAGUUGCCUGUUCAAUGUUAACAUCAUUGUUAAAUGAGUAUUCUUACACAAGUCGAACCAGCAGUGUGGGGCUUACAUGGGAAUUCCACAUAAAGUGCAAAAGAGCUUUUGAGCAAUCUGAUUUAAAACGUGUGUUCAUGUUCACCUUGCAAGUUCUAAAUGAAAUUGAGGCCCAACCAAGCCCUCUAAGUAGAGAGGCCACUGCCUUCUUGAAUCGCAUUCUGUCUAUUGCUGAGCAAGUGCUGAAUUGGGAAUUUACUCCACGUGGAGUGAGGAUGCAUCAUGCCUUUGUUUCCAAUCCAAAUGCCACAUUAAAACCACCUGAGAGUUGGAGUGAUGUUCUAUUAGAAAAAAAUACAUUGUCCUUGUUUUUCAGAAUUCAUAUGAAAGCAAGAUUUAAUAGUGAAAUGGCUCAUCAUUCUAUUCAGUGCCUUGUACAACUUGCAUCUUUAAAUGGUUUAAUAUUUACAAAAGAAACUCAGCCUCAGUAUUUAGCACAGUUCAUUGAAGGUUUCCUCCAAAUGCUGUCCCAAAUUGAUCUUCAAGAGUAUGAGAACUUUUCAGUAGCUUCCAUUUUCAAGAAUCUGCUUCUCAUGUUUCCCAUACAGAAUUUCAAUAGUUUAGAUGUAGUGUUGUUUAAGUCCUUUGUACAAACACUCACGGCACUCACCUGCAGCAUGAGCCAAUUGGCUGCUCAAGAAGAAUCAAUGCAUAAAGAUGACAGGAUUCAUAUGGAGUCAUAUGAGAAGCUUCUUGAAUCCUGGUCUUGUUUAACUAGAGAAGUGAGUUCUCUACCACCAGAAACUCUCAUUUCACCAGCAACACAGAUCUUCAAUUCCUAUUUACAGUGUCAUCUGGCACCUCCUGAUGGUGUGCGGAGUAUGAAUGCUGAUGAAUCUGAGGAGGAUAUUGGUGAAACAGAAGAAGAUGACAGAGAAAAAUUUUCUGAUCAGCUGUGCUGUAUUGGUGCUUUAGGACGCAUUAUUCCUGCACAUACAGUGCCUCUUUUAGCCAAGCUUUUAGAGGAUCGUGUAUCUCAAAUAAGUAAUCAUCUACAUCGAUAUCAACAGCAGCGAGACAUGGUUAGUAGUCACGAAACAACUGUUGACCUAAGUGGACUUCACUCUCUACAAGAAGAUUUACAUUGGCUAAUUCUUGUCACUGGUAAUCUCCUGGCUGAUGCUGCUGAUGGAGAAACUGCUACCAUUCCAUCUACCAUAAUGAAAUAUUCCAUGGAUCAGGCAAAGACCACUGACAUUAAUCUCACUUUGAAGAUGUUUUCAUCACCUGGUCAAAAGCUAGAGCCCUCGCAUGAACAAAAUGUGGAUCCUGUCAUUAGGCUGAUCACUGCUGUUUUUAGACUAUGUGAAGUUGAAAACAGAGCAGUUGAUGCAAAGCUAAAUGAAUUUCUCAGCCCACAAGUAGGCAGCACUAUAAUGUGGUUCUUAGAGAGAUGGGCAGAUGCUUAUGUUUUACAUGAUGAGAUGGAUUAUACUGAGAUGAGUUUAAUGCUGGCAACUGCAUUUGGGAUGGACACAGAAGGUGUGAAAUGGACUGUAAAUUUUAUUCUUCAAAAGAUUUUUUCUACUUUGUCUGUUUGGGGAUCAGAACCUGCUCUUAUUAGUGAUACUUUAGAGCUUCUGAUUGAUAUGGCUGAACAAAGUUCAAGGGCUAUGUAUCUAACGCAGACUGAUGUUUUAUGGAAUCUGGCAAAAUUAGAAUCAAACCAACAACCACCUGUGGCCACUCUCCCACCAGAUGGAAGGCGCCAGUUUAUGAAGGCCAUGGUCUUAGCUGGCUGUGGUAUAAAGGACUCUGCACAGGAAGAGCAUUAUUGGAAACUGUUACUUCAGUCCAAUAGAGAAAGGUUUUUAGUCUUAGUAGAAUCCCCAGAUUUCAAAGUCGGUAAAGAGACUAGUAGGCAACAGUUUUUAUACCUAUUAGAAACCUUAAUUGGAGUUGCAACAGCCACACAAAAUUCAAUUGCUAAAGAAAUGUACCAGUUCAUGGCUCCUCUUCUAGCUCAUAUUAUCAAAGCAAUAGAUCUGCUGCACAAUUAUGAAGAUGUAGUUACAACAAGUUUUGAAUUGUUUUCUGAAGUUGUUGCAAGAAUGCUUCCUUUUCUUAAUUCACAAGAUUCACAGACUUUGUAUCAGCUUAGUCUCUCUGCGAUUCAGAUGUUUGCAAGACACAAUUUAGGUAGACAAUGCAUAAGCGCUGAGGAUGAACAGGAAACUAAGUUUAAGGACAUUAUUCUCAUAAUGGAAAUGCUAACAAAUUUGAUGUCCAAGGAUUUAUUAGGUUUUAACAAAGAAGAGCAGGCUAAUAAAGAAAACCCAGGUAUAGAUGGUGCCACUGUUGUUAUAUAUGGCCUUGAAUUAAUUGUGCCUCUUAUGAGUGCAGAAAUGCUGAAGUUUCCAGUUCUGUGCAGCUGUUAUUUUAGACUCAUAUCCUUUCUCUCUGAUCUCCACUCUGAUAAAUUUUGCCAAUUACCUGAACCACUUUUCAACAACAUCAUGGCUUCAGUGGAGCUUGGUUUCAACUCUUCUAUUCCAGCUACUGUGGUCACAUGUCUAAAUUCAGUAUGCAAUGUGGCUCAGAAUAUAACAAAUCUAGAUUCUAAGAACGCAUCAUCAGUAAUGAACUCACAAACUACACAGCAUUUACAAGCUACUUUAGGCCAUUUUCUGAAGGUGGUCUUUCAAUUGUUGGUUUUGGAAAACUUUGACCUUUCACUUCAAGAAGUUGGCAGCACAACUUUAUUCUGUUUAAUCUGCUGCAAUCAGGAUCUGUACAGGGAUUUGGUAAAUCAGCUCAUUCAAGUACAGCCUGAAGAAUAUAAGCAGCGCUUACUUCAGGCUUUCAAUGAACUCACUCCACAGUCUCUUCAGCUUUCAAUCACCCGCCAGAACAAGAUAACCUUCAGGGCCAAUUUUGACAUGUUCCUUAAUAAUGUUCGAGGUUUUUUGUGUGUAAGAUAACCCGUGGUAAAAUACUUGAUUGGAGGUGAUGCUUGUUCCAGGCUGGGGAAAAACUGAACGAUAUUAUUUUUUAGUUUCACUCUGUGUUAAAUUUCAAGUUAAUGCCAUUAAUGGGAUUAUGUAUGAAAAGAUUUGACAACGAUGUUAUCCAAUGUGACUCAGUUUUUCUUUCUUCAUGCACUACCAUGUAACAUCUGUAAAAUGGUUUUAAUUUUUGGUGCAGCUGAUGAUCUAUAUAUGGCUUGUGUUGUAUUUUUUGACAACCAGAGCAAAUCACUCAAGACAUCAUGGGGUUGCUUAAUCACAAGCCAGAAUUUAUCGAUGCAUGUAUUAAACUUUAAGCAUUAUACAUUCAAAGCAAUUAACAUUAUUUUUUUCUUUAAAAAUUUGUUUUGUUAUGCUGAUUUUGUAUAUUCAGUGUAUUUAUUUUGGUAAAUGUGGAUACAUUUUUAAAAGUCCUUUAUAUUUACUUUGACUAAAAUCUGUUGCUUCUGUUAGUAAGUAGACCCAUUUGAACUAGUUUGAAAAGUCAUUGUGCUGUUAAGGUUUUAAGAAAUCCAGAAUAUCAGAUAAGAUAAAUAUGAGACCACACAACACAAUUUUUGUCAUUUAUAAAUAUUCUUUUAUUUAGUAUGCAGUAACUAAUUAUGUUCAAUGUGUAGUUGAUCUGAAUGAACAUUUUGAACAUUUAAUAAAGUGAUUAUUCAACAAAUAUAAAUUAAAAGUGUAUAGUUAGGAAAUUGUUUUGUAAAAAUGCCAUCGUUUUGUUAUUUUGGGUAUUUGAAAAAGAAAGCCUGUCAUUAAAUAUUUUACAUAUCAGCCACUGGCAAAAUCUUUAAAGUGAAUACUGUUCUGACAUGCGAUGUUUCCUUUGCUAGUGAUGUACCUUUGAUAUAUAUUUAUACAUAUAUUCAUUUAAAUUCAUCUUAAUACUUACCUAUCUAUUGUUUGGCAACCAUUUGUGUUUAUUUUUUCACAAAACUUGAUGGUUUAAAAUGUUUUCAAUGGUCUAAAAAUCAAAACUUUCUGUUAGUUUGGUUUCUAGCAUUGUGUAAUGUUUGUUAUACGAGCUCCACUUUUUUUGUCUUCGAACAAAGAAGCCAUCCAUCUGUUUUCCUUACUCUUCCUCGACACUCAAGGUAGCAGUUCAUCUUUACUUUUAUUCUGUGUAAUUCAUCUUUCCAAACCUGCUUCUUGAAGGAUUUUUUUUUUAAAUGAACUUUUAUGAGAGUGCACUAUAUUCUCAAAAUCUCUAAACCGUCUCUAUUAUUUUUAGGCUUACUCACAUAAAUAAUUCGUACACUUAUGUGGAUACAAAUAUCUGUCAAGUAUUUUACAUUUGUAUUAAGUAAAUAAACUGCUGAAAUUUUACUUUUAUAAUUUGAUCAAUAUUCAGCAUUUUAUUUCUUUGUGCUUGGAAAUUAUGUACUGUACAUGUAAAAACCCCAUUUAAAUAUUGAUUUUAUUUAAAACCAUCAAAGACAAAAAAAAGUUUUAAAAAAUUAAAACCAUUUUGCAUAAAUUUUUUUUUUUGUAAGUUAGACCGUAAAAAUCUUUUGCAAUAGUUGAGGAAAUAUUAUUCCCACCAUUCAUUCCUUUAUCAUGCUCUUUUCACUAAUUGUACCAACUGUACAAUUUUACUCAGACUAAUUUUGUAUGUGAUAAAUUUUAAUUUGCUCUUGGUGAUGACUUGCAUAUACCAGUGUAAGAAAUGGCUUAAGUUGUUUUUAUAAAACAUAUUUUCAUUACAUUUAUUUGUCAUUAGAAUGUUAUUUAUCAUUAUUCACUUUGUAUGUUUUACGUACCACACAAUAAAAUGGCCAGAUGUUCGAUAUAUAAUGCUAUAAACUGUAGAAAGAUGAGUCCAAAUAAUACAGUAUGUAUCAUGCUAAGUUUGCUCACAAAGAACUAUUUUAUAUAAGCUGUCUCUGUAAACCUUUAUUGUUGGUUGAUUCCAUUGGUUUCUUCCAGUAUUAGUUACCUUUAUUAUUGAGUGCAGUGCUAUUAUUUAUGUGUAUCUAUGUUAGUAAAAUAUUUACUUAUUAGGUUUAAUUUCAUCCGUUUGUUUAGUUUUAGGUACAACUACUUUACCAAAUCCAGUUUGAGACAACAAAAAAAUUCCUGUAUGUUGUAAUCUUUUAUCAUUUUCCGUCCUGCAUGCUUGGUUUAAUUUUUUAAGAUUUAAAAUGAAGGAACACUCUGUAGAUUAUAUCUUUUUUUUUCUUUUGCACAUCUUUCAUGAAGUUGAGAGCAAUAUUUUAGGCAUUACAAAAUAUUGCUAGUUUAUAAUCGAACACAAUACUAAAAAAAAUAAUUGAUUUGGAACAUUAAAGUUACAUUUUUAUCAAUAAUGAUAAAUGUAUUAAAAUUUAAAAGAAUAAUGGGGUGGAUAAUUUUUAAUUGAUAAAGGUUUUUUAUUAGAAUUGUGUCAUAGCUAAACCAUUCAUUAAGUUUAAAUCAAUCGUAUUUUUAUUCUAAAAUCUAAUCAUGACUUUGUGCCUUCCACAACAUUGCUACAUUGUGUGCCUUCACACAUCUUGGUAAAUCUGGUUUCUUUUUCCACUUAUUGUUUCAGUCCUUUAUCAUUUACAUUUUUACUGAAAGCUGUUGAACAUUUAAAAUGCUGUUUAUGCAGCUGACAUUAUUGCUUUCAAGUAACUGACACAAGCCUAACUUAUUUCUCAUUUUCAUAAUCUUUUCACAUGAAAUUUUCUUUGAUUCUUUUGAAUUAUGUAUAUGUUCACAUUUGUCAAAUUGAUUGGCACAGCAGAAGUGUGUUAAGCCCAUGCACAAAUUAAAAAACAACUUGCAGUUAAAACUA